UUCGUUCAUGUUCCGUGGUGGGUCCUGCACGGCGGCCAUCUUGGAAGUUUGUGGCGUUUCCGGCGAAACUUGAAAGUGUAUUUUAUAGCUGAAAAUUAGGUCAUUUAUAUUGAUAUUCCCUCCUAAUUUUGAAGACUAUACCUCAUCUCCACCUUAACCAUGACUGAAAGACAACUGGAUUGUGCUUUGGAUCUCAUGCGGCGCUUGCCUCCUCAACAGAUCGAGAAAAACCUUAGCGAUCUGAUUGAUUUGGUGCCCUCCUUGUGUGAGGAUCUUCUCUCAUCUGUGGAUCAACCAUUGAAAAUUGCACGAGACAAGCAAACUGGCAAAGAUUACUUGCUUUGUGAUUACAACAGAGAUGGGGACUCAUACAGGUCGCCAUGGAGUAACACCUACGACCCACCCUUGGAUGAUGGUGCAGUUCCAUCAGACAGACUACGCAAACUAGAGAUUGAUGCUAACUCUGCUUUUGACCAGUAUAGAGAAAUGUACUUUGAAGGAGGCGUCUCAUCGGUUUAUCUUUGGGAUCUAGAUCAUGGUUUUGCUGGUGUUAUACUUAUCAAGAAAGCCGGCGAUGGAUCCAGGAAAAUUAAAGGAUGCUGGGAUUCCAUUCAUGUUGUGGAAGUCCAGGAGAAAAGCAGCGGUAGACAAGCCCAUUACAAGCUUACCUCAACUGCCAUGUUAUGGCUCCAGACUAACAAAGUUGGAUCGGGCAUUAUGAAUCUGGGUGGAAGCCUGACAAGACAGGUGGAGGUUGAUAGUCCCGUCAGUGAUGCUAGCCCCCACAUUGCUAACAUUGGCAAGAUGGUGGAGGACAUGGAAAACAAGAUGAGGAACACAUUGAAUGAAAUUUACUUUGGAAAAACAAGGGACAUUGUAAAUUCUCUGAGGAGUGUAAAUAGUCUUGCUAGUCAAAAUGAUCAGAAGAGAAUGCAAGCAGAACUAUUCCAAACGCUCAAGAACCGCCAGAAGUAAAGACUCCAUGCACAUAUUUUCAGUGCAAAUUGUUUCCUUAGUAAGUGAAAAUCAAAACAGAGGUGGCCUUUACAAUGUCCAGUGGAUAACAAUCACUGGAUCUUCAAGUUUGUAGGCACACUGAUUAGGGGAGUGCUAACUGUACUGAGACCUUGAAAGGAUCAGCUUAGAGUUUGUAUUCUCAAUAUUAGAAUUGAUUUACUAUAACAUUUCAUUGCAUUCCUUGCAAUGUUAUUCCUGGUUAAAGUACUGCCAGUAUAAAUGCAUCUACACAUUCCAUCGUGUACUUGCAUUUAAUUCUGCAGUUUUACGAGGAUCUAGUGCAAAGUUCUAAGUGUUGUUGUUUUGGUUACCUUGUGGUUUCUUUUCUUUGUUAGACUCAUUUGACAUUAAUAAAUUGAUUAAGUAAUUGUAAGUAAUUGAUGUAAUAGAUGAAACAUACUUUGCUAUUAUGGUAUAUGAGAAUAAAACAUGCAUUUCUUA